UAUUGGUACGAGAAUUUUUAUAAAUACCUCUGCAUUCAAAGAAAGUUUUAUUAGAAAUGUCACAUAUAUGGGCAACAUUUGUAUUGUGCAUCGUCUUCAGUGGGAUUAUCUCUGCUGGAGGAGGAGGUGGUAACGCAGGAGGUUGCGAUCAUCUAAAGGAACAGCUUAAAACUUUGCUCGGUAAUGCAGGCAGUUGCAAAAAACAAGCCGCUGAAAAGAUUUUAGAUAAAUUAGUGGGUAAGUCUUUCAAAGGCACAGAACAUGUGGAUUGGUGUCACUUGUGAAUAUCACUUGCCUUCAUUUACAUGAGAAUACCGGUUUUGUUUAUUGGAACUUGGCAGCAUUUAAUUUACUGCAUUUGAAUUGGAUUAUUUUCAGUUUCCCUGACCGGCAAAAUCCGCUUGAUUAACAAAUGACUUCAAUGGAUGAAUUCUUUGUAAGAUGUAUGAAGUUUCUUUUUAUGUGCGUCAGUGGCUCAGCGGUUAGGACUCACGCCGAUCAUGGUGCAGCGUUCGACCCCUGCAGACGCACACCCGAUAUAUAUGGUCAGCCUGCAAAAUUUGGGCUACCGUUAUCAUACGCUGAAAAUUCCAUACUUAUACCAAAAAUACGGUGUGGAAUCAAGCUGUAAUAAAAAAAUGUUUACUAAACCAAGGAUGGUUAUUCUUUUCAACAAUUUUCGUUAAUGUUUAAAAAUCCACCUGAUAGAAUUACAGAAAAAAGCUCAAGGUAACGCCCAGUUUAUCGUUAAAUAAAUGAUUCAUAUACAUAUCCAUUAAUUCCAUUUGGUACAAUUCGUACUGUUCAAUAAAUAACCACAUGCUAGCCGAUAUAUGCUGCUAUUUUAGUUCACGAAUUUUUAGCUUUCAUAAUGACUAAAUGGUCAAGUAUUCUUCUACUUGGAACGAAUUACUGCUCUGGUAUUUCUGAUGCAGUGUUCACUUGAGCUCAUGAGGCUGCGUAGGUGAAACAAAAGCUUGUUUCACUGUGAAUUGAACUGUAUUGCUUGCUAGAAAUGGAUGUUGCUUAGGCUCGGAUUUCAUGACAGAGUUGCUGACACGCCAAUUAAAACUCGUAUUUGUUCAAUUUACCAUCAGGCCAAACCGGUAACGAAUAUCCAACCUGUUCAAAUAUUUAUGCAUGUAAGUUAAUUAAUGAUUUAUUUGAAUAAAAUCGAAUUUGGACAGUCAGAGUAUGUUGCAAAUGUCGGCCGAAAGAAUCUUCUAUUUUUCAAAUGCAAUAUUCAUUUGUAUUGAGACUAACUGUUGACUGUUCUGUUCGCAGUGAAGUAAAACGCUUUCUUGUCUAGAUUACUUUGAGCUGCAGAACAACGCCAUUAUUAUUUUAUGGUUUUAGUGUUGAAACAUAAAAGUCGAAAUAAUAGGAAACAACUCAAGCAUACGCUUCUCAACUUGGAUGACCAGUGGUGAUCGUUAAGUUACAAGUGUAGAAAUUUGUAAACUGCAUUCCUGCCUGUAUGUAAUGGCAGAACAUGAACCAAAUUUUAAUAUGGAGAUUAUACGAAUUGCAUCAUUGAUCGUUCACAAUGUGGUUUCUAUAAGUGAAAUUGUUUACUAUUUUCUACGCAAAAUUUCGCAACACAGUGGAAUGAAGUUGCGUCUUCCAGGAGAUAAAUUCCUGGUGAUAAUGAAGUUAAAUUGAAGUUAUAACAUGAACACGAAUGUGACUAGAGUUGAUAAUAGUGGAGAAAACAAGACCGGUAGUAGAAGCUAUAGCGUCUCCAAAAUUAACAAAUAAUGAAUUCUGAAACCAUUUAAAAAUUACUUCAAUGUCACUGAUUGUUGAACUCUUUUGAAACUCUAAGAUGAAUGAAAAUGUCUGCAACAGUAAAUACUCAUUGAGUCAAGAAAAAAAUAAAAGACAAAUUCAGCAAAGAAAUUUUCUAUAUCGGCGAUAUCAUCUGCAGGGGCUGUACAGUCGUAUUUAUAUUUACCGAAAUGUAUAGUAGUCUGUUAUUGAAUAGUAAGUGGAAGGGGUGACAAUUGAUAUAAUUACUUAGGAAUGAAUUUAGAAGUAAAAAUAAAAUUUGUAAAUUACAUGGCACUCAACGACACAAAGUCAGAAAUUUGAUAAGGUCAACAUCGCUACUGAGUGAGAACGAAUGAAGCUGAGUGUCAAUUUAACAAGUGUUAAGAGGGUGUGAAAAUGUACAAAAGGAACCUAUGAGAGUGAUAAUAAUGAAUUAGGUAUUAAAGUAGAAGCAAACUAAAAGUAGAAUUCAAACUUUAAAAAAAUAAAAAUAUUUACAGGGAAUGAUUAGUGAAUAGGUUAAGACCAAGGUGGAAUAAAAGAAUGGACAAACGUUUUCUGUAUACAGAGUUUAGGAUUGUAUUGACUGAUCACAAAAGCCAAAACCUAACACCCUCUGUACAAUAUCGUCGACUCUGGUAGAGCCUCGUGGCUUGAGAUCACUAAGUGUUCGAUGAUUGAGAUAGUAACUGUUUUGCAUUUUCCUUUUGCAAACC